AUGAUCACGAUCACUCACAUAGCCACUCGCAUGACCAUUCUCACGACCAUUCUCAUUCUAUUUCCCACGCGCAUUCCCAUGACCAUUCUCAUGACCACUCCCACGACCAUGCCCACGGGCACGCCCAUGGAGGCUCGGACAAGAGAGAAGGAUUCGCGGCGAAUCUUCUACUACAUGUGCCUCAACGUUUCCUUCAUGGCUGUGCAAGGCUUCUACGGUUACGUAACCGACUCGCUUGGUCUUUUGAGCGAUACCGUCCACAUGUUCUUUGACUGCGUGGCUCUGCUCGUCGGCCUCGUCGCCGCAGUCGCCAGCAAAUGGCCUAGGAGCCGGCGGUUUCCCUAUGGUCUGGGCAAGAUGGAGACCUUGAGUGGCUUCGCCAACGGAAUCCUCCUAAUUCUCCUCAGCGUCGAAAUUACCUUCGAGGCCGUCGAGAGGAUAUGGGACGGCUCCCGGCCGAAGCGGCUUGGUGAGUUGCUUAUUAACAUGCACGGCAUAUACCUCCACAUCCUUGCCGAUACUCUCGGAAGCGCCUCCGUCAUCGUUUCUACUAUCCUGACACAUUUCACCAAUUGGGGCGGCUGGGACCCCACCGCCUCCGUCUUCAUCUCUGUGCUCAUCUUCCUGUCCGCGAGGCCCCUCGUAAUCUCCUCUGCCAAGAGGCUACUUCUAAGCGUGCCGGACGACGUCGAAUACAACCUGCGCAACAUCCUGGCCGGCAUCAGCCAGCAGAGGGGUGUGGUGGGGUGCGCGGUACCCAAGUUCUGGCUUGAUGACCGGGAUGCGAGCGGCGACGACAAGAAGGAGAAGGCUGAGCUAGAGACCGUGGGCAGCCUUAGCGGCCGAAAGCUUCUCGGAAUCGUGCACGUCGUGGCGGGGCGAGGGUCCUCGAUGGAUGAGGUGAGAGAUAGGGUACGAGAGUUUUUGCUCAGGAAUGGCCUGGACGUUGUGGUUCAGGUGGAGAGGGAAGGUGACUCUACAUGCUGGUGUGGAUUUGGUCGGAUUAAUGGCUCUCGAAACCCCAACGGCCAAAAGUUGCUCUAA